CUUUCUUUUACAUUAUUAUAACCAAUUAGAAUCUUCUCUUUAUUAUAUGAGAGCUUCAUCCUGGCAAUUAAAAAGAGCCCCAGAACAGCAAGCAUUUCUUUCACUAACUUUAUUAAAUAAGAAGCUAGAAAAGACUACUUGGGUCAUCAACUCCCAUCCCAGGAAAUGCAAGGUUGCCAUAUAAAUGGAUGCUCAGUUUAGGAGGGUCCCUAAAACCCCAUCUGAGGUGACCUAUCCUCCACACCCUGCACCCUUAUCCCAGAAACACAAUCAGGAGCUCAGCUCAAAGGUCACACUUGUGAAGGACCCCAGGGGGAAAGGAGGAGUGAUGUAGGAAAUUCCCAGUUACUUUUAUUUCCUGCAAGAGCAACAGUAUUGCUGUUGGAUAAACUCCCAAAUGUGUAUAUAAAUGUCCAUACAUUUUGAGUAAGUGCUUGACUUUUUUUUUCUUUUUUAAUCUACUUUUCAUUUUUCCUCUGAACCAGCAAUUUGUGUUAUACCAGUCUUUUCUUAUUUAUGCAUCUGGAAAGGCCUUGUUGAUGAAACACCAAGAUCCCAAGGCUGUAUAAAAUUUUGAUGAGACAUUUUCUUCCAGGGAUGAGAAGAUUGGGGUGAAAUGUUCAAAGUGCCUCUUUCACUAGAACUAGGCCACUCCAGCCUUCUGACUCACACAGCCAAGACAGCAGCCCACGCUUGGAGCUUGGAUUUGCUGGUCAGAGCAAAUUCCUGGUGUGAGGAAUGCUCCUCCAGCAGUGGCCAAGCUCCUUCCCAGCCUCCAGCUGGUUCCCAGCAGGUGUGUUGGAUGCACUUCUGUUUGCCCAGGACCUGCUGAGCUGUGACCUGCCCUGGGUGGAACAAACACUGGAGAAAACAGCUGGGACUGGCUGCUCCUGCAAAGCAGGAGUUGGGGAGAAGAAAGGAAAUGUCUUUUCACCAAAAGAAGCACUCAGAGGAGGCCCAGUGCUUUGGAGAACUUGUGUUGUGCUCUCCAUGGGUGACUUUGGCAUUGUCCCACCCUUUCCAGCUGUCCCACAUUCCCUGCAGUGCACACCUGGAGGGAUGGAUGUCCCUGCUGCUGAGAAUGUGGUGGCACCAUCUCCUGUCCAACAUGAGGCUUGUGACACCCAGGCUUCUGCUCUGCUGUGCAAGGCAACCAGAAAGCAAACACUGGGCUGGUUUCUUGAAGCAGGGGAAUUUCUCCCCAUGCCUGGAUGCAAACCUGACCAAUCUCUCCACUGCCCUUCAGUCUUCUCACCUGGAGCCACGUGUGGUGUUUGCUCCUUCCCAAGCUUAAAUGGAGCAUUUGAGUCUUGCACGAGCCAGGCAGAGGAAGUGAGGAACCUACAUUUCUAUGGAUCCCAUCCCUGAUGCUGAAUUUAAACCUCUCAGUGCAAUAAACAACAAAAGCAAAGUCUGAAGUGAGCUCAGCUGAUGCCUUUUCAGUUGGGCCAACAACUUUCCCAGGUGAUAUGAUUAUUUUCCUUUCCUAAGCCUUUUCAGAUGGUAAAAACAUUUCCACCUUUUCAUCUCGCAGCCACACAUCCCUUUAUGCUUAUUUCUCUGUUCUUUCUUCUGGUUUUAUUGGCUGCCUUGCUUGGCUUUACUUUGUUUGUAUUUUUGUGUCACCAGUUUGUUCUCAGCAUUCCAGGAUUUCACUAGACAUAGCUGCAGGAUUUCUUUCUUAUUUUUUUUUCCAUUUCUCCAUUCCUUUCUGUAGCUGUUUUGCCACAGCCCUGUAGGAGUGCCCAGCUCGUAUUGAUGGACAGAAGUUUCCAUUGCUUUCUAUCUCUAAUUUCAACACUCUAGAGGAGGAAAUAAUGUGUGUCAACCCAAUUAACCACCCAGACAGUCCAGCAGCAGCCCCAAAUCUUUGGUCUCUGAGACACCUAAUGUGUCCAAUAAUCAGGAUGAUCUGGUUUUAGCUUCUUUAAAAGCUAAACUACAAGUUAUUUGCAAUUCAUCUAUGGCUUAGGCCUCUGUAGCUUAAAUUAAAUGAAGUUUUGGGAGCUGCUCUGUGGCUGUCCAUCUACUGCAAUGUUCUGAGUAGCAGCAGAGCCUUUUCCUUUCCUCAUUCCUCUUCAUUAAUAGAGAAAGAAAUCAUUUUCUAAUUGUGUGGGAUAUUCCCAGACUGAGGAAAGAACUGGAAAUCUGCCCCACUUUCCUCAAGGAAGGUGUCCUGUGCAGCUGC